CAGUCAGUCAGUCAGUCAGUCGACAACGCAUCGCUGGUCAUCCGCGCAUCUAUCUAUAUUCCCUUUCUUAAAUUAGCCACCUUCAGCUUCGCGAUACCGCCCCCAAUUUCAGUGUCGGUACGGAGCCGCCAGGCCGGGACAGAGACGGAGAGAGAGCCCUCGGCCAUGGAAGCGCUCGGACCCGGCCCGCCUGCCCCUUCCACUCUGUUCCAGCCUCCACGGCGUCCCGGCUUGGGCACAGUGGGGAAGCCCAUCCGCCUGCUGGCCAACCACUUCCAGGUGCAGAUUCCCAAGAUUGAUGUCUAUCACUAUGAUAUCGACAUCAAGCCUGAGAAACGGCCUCGGAGGGUCAACAGGGAGGUGGUGGACACCAUGGUGCGGCACUUCAAGAUGCAGAUCUUUGGUGACCGGCAGCCUGGCUACGACGGGAAGAGGAACAUGUACACAGCACAUCCGCUGCCGAUCGGGAGAGACAGGGUGGAUCUGGAGGUCACCCUGCCUGGCGAGGGGAAGGAUCAGACGUUCAAGGUGUCUCUGCAGUGGGUGUCUGUGGUCAGCCUGCAGAUGCUGCUCGAGGCCCUGUCCGGUCACCUUAACGAGGUCCCGGAGGACUCCGUUCAGGCCCUGGAUGUCAUCACACGGCACCUGCCUUCCAUGAGGUACACUCCAGUGGGGCGUUCGUUUUUCUCCCCGCCGGAGGGCUACUACCAUCCCCUGGGCGGGGGCAGGGAGGUGUGGUUCGGUUUCCAUCAGUCUGUCCGUCCUGCCAUGUGGAACAUGAUGCUCAACAUCGAUGUCUCAGCCACCGCUUUCUACCGUGCCCAACCUGUGAUCGAGUUCAUGUGUGAGGUGCUAGACAUACAGAACAUCAACGAGCAGACCAAACCGCUCACCGACUCCCAACGCGUCAAAUUCACCAAGGAGAUAAGAGGUUUGAAAGUUGAGGUCACACACUGUGGUCAGAUGAAGAGGAAGUAUCGCGUUUGCAAUGUCACACGUCGCCCUGCCAGCCACCAAACGUUCCCGUUGCAGCUUGAGAACGGCCAAGCGAUGGAGUGUACGGUAGCUCAGUAUUUCAAGCAGAAGUACAGCCUGCAGCUCAAGUAUCCACACCUCCCCUGUCUUCAAGUAGGGCAGGAACAGAAACACACCUACCUUCCUCUCGAGGUCUGUAACAUAGUGGCAGGCCAGCGCUGUAUCAAGAAACUGACAGACAACCAGACGUCCACCAUGAUCAAAGCUACCGCCCGCUCAGCCCCUGACAGACAGGAAGAGAUCAGCAGACUGGUCAAAAGCAACAGCAUGGUCGGGGGCCCAGACCCUUAUCUGAAGGAGUUUGGCAUUGUGGUGCACAACGACAUGACGGAGGUGACGGGGCGUGUCCUCCCAGCGCCCAUGCUGCAGUAUGGGGGCCGGGUGAGUACAGACACAGGGAGGGACUGUGGCAGGGGACUCUCUCCGCAGAACAAAACCGUGGCCACGCCCAACCAGGGCGUGUGGGACAUGAGAGGGAAGCAGUUCUACGCCGGCAUCGAGAUCAAGGUCUGGGCCGUGGCCUGCUUCGCCCCGCAGAAACAGUGUCGAGAGGACCUGCUCAAGAGCUUCACUGACCAGCUUCGAAAGAUCUCCAAGGACGCUGGGAUGCCCAUCCAGGGCCAGCCGUGUUUCUGUAAAUACGCCCAGGGAGCCGACAGCGUGGAGCCCAUGUUCAAACACCUCAAGAUGUCCUACGUAGGCCUGCAGCUCAUAGUCGUCAUCCUGCCCGGCAAAACGCCUGUUUAUGCUGAGGUGAAGCGAGUGGGCGACACCCUCCUCGGCAUGGCCACCCAGUGCGUCCAGGUGAAGAACGUGGUGAAGACGUCCCCUCAGACCCUGUCCAACCUCUGUCUCAAGAUCAACGCCAAGCUCGGGGGCAUCAAUAACGUCCUGGUGCCUCAUCAGAGGCCCUCUGUGUUCCAGCAGCCCGUCAUCUUCCUGGGUGCCGACGUCACACACCCUCCAGCCGGUGAUGGGAAGAAGCCGUCCAUCGCGGCGGUGGUGGGCAGCAUGGACGGCCACCCCAGCCGUUACUGCGCCACGGUGCGGGUCCAGACGUCCCGACAAGACCUGUCCCAGGAGCAGCUCUUCAGCCAGGAGGUCAUCCAGGACCUGACCAAUAUGGUGCGGGAGCUGCUCAUCCAGUUCUACAAGUCCACGCGCUUCAAGCCCACACGCAUCAUUUAUUACCGAGGGGGAGUGUCCGAGGGACAGAUGAAACAGGUUGCGUGGCCGGAGCUGAUUGCCAUCCGGAAAGCGUGUAUUAGUCUGGAGGAGGACUACAGGCCGGGCAUCACCUACAUUGUGGUCCAGAAACGCCACCACACACGCCUCUUCUGCUCCGACAAAGCUGAGCGGGUCGGGAAGAGCGGUAACGUCCCAGCUGGCACCACAGUGGACAGCACCAUCACACACCCUUCCGAGUUCGACUUCUACCUGUGCAGCCAUGCUGGGAUUCAGGGCACCAGUCGUCCCUCCCACUACCACGUCCUCUGGGACGACAACUGUUUCACGGCUGAUGAACUGCAGCUCCUCACCUACCAGCUGUGCCACACCUACGUCCGCUGCACGCGCUCCGUCUCCAUCCCAGCACCGGCCUACUACGCCAGGCUAGUGGCUUUCCGUGCCCGCUACCACCUGGUGGACAAAGACCACGACAGUGCGGAAGGCAGCCAUGUAUCGGGCCAGAGUAAUGGCCGGGACCCCCAGGCACUGGCCAAGGCAGUUCAGAUCCAUUAUGAUACCCAGCACACCAUGUACUUCGCCUGAGCUAGCCAGCACGCCUGCCAGCCAGCCAGCCAGCUGCUGACUCCUUUUCACUGUCUAUGUCUGUAUCUUUAUGCCAGUCUUUCUCUUCUCCUGUAUCUUUAUCUCUCCUUGUCGUCUGUCUCUCUUUCUCUUUCUCUUUCUCACACUCAAAUCAUUUUCUAAAUCUGUACCAAAGCGGCUCUAAACCAGGGGAAUCCGCCGCGUUCCACCGUCCAGCAAGUUUUUGUCGCGUGGGACAAACUCCAACCGGCGUUCCUGAUCAAGCCGCCUCUCUAACCAGCAAUCCAGCACUGAGAGACCCGAGGGUUUCCAAUGCACAAAAGAAAAACAACAACAACAAAAAAAACAAAAACAAACCAUAUACACACAUACAAGUUGAGCCAUUGUUUUGAGUUUGUUUUUGUUUUUUUUAAUUCCGAUUUGAAUGUCUGUACUCUUGUUUUUGUAAGAUACACUGAGCAAGGGAGUGGACUGGCACUCUCGGUGUCAGCGCAGCUCUUUAGCUCUCCCAGCUAAGCAGGACUCUUAUCUACUUUUACCUCAAAGCCCCUUUGGGCAAAAUCUGUCACAAGGUCUUGGGUUUUUUGGGUGGUGGGGAGGGAACUCUGCAUGAAAAGAGGUGUGGGGGAGUUGACCUUUUGAGAAUGAUAUAUAUACAUAUAUAUAUAUUUUUUUCCUUUUUAUGAGCGUGUGUUUUAACUUUUUCUCCUUUACGGUCUUUUACAAGCGAGGUGACCUGGGUGUCCAUGCCCAUUACUACUUUUCUUCCCAUCUUAGCAAAGAAUAAGUGCUCAAGUCUGUGCGGGUGCGUGUGUGUGUAUGUAUGUGUGUGCGUGCGUGCGUGCGUGUUUCUGUAUAUACAUUUACUGCUGUAUGUGUGUGGGGUGUGUGUUUGUGUGCGCAUAUGUCUUUUAUGGCAGGCCACUGAAUUGUAAAGGGAAAUCAAGGAGAUAACUGCUGUAAAUGCCUCAGAUUUGUUGUUUUUAUAUUCACACAUACAGUACAUAUAUAACAUAUAUUUACAUCUAUAGAGCAACUUUGUGACAUAUGACUUAUACAGGCCUCACGGAGGCUGGUGUGGGUAUUUGUAGCAGCCCUGGGUCACGUAUCACUUGAAAUUCUUCAUUUACUUUGACCUUGUGCUUUAACCUGCGAGCGGGCAGGACGGGUGGGACUCGCACUUUUUGGAGCCAGCUGCUCCUUCGUGCUUCACAAGAUCAACGAAUCCCACAAAGAGUAAGUGAAGGCGUUUCAAGCAGUGGGUGAUCCCAGGUCUGACGUGUAGCAGUAGUAACCGUGGUCUAGCCUGUGACUCUGGCUCGGCAUUGGGACCUGUUGAAUGGCUGAAGGCAUUAACCACAGACAGAGUAUCGGUUUAUUCGCCUUGCUGUCUCUGUGAAAAGCGGGAUCUUUUUUAAAAUCCUUGGACCUGAUUAUCUGAAAGGUUAUACAAUAACACUGCUGGACGUUGCAUGGAGUUGUUUUAAAGUUUUGUUUUUGAAGAAGGCGCUAGUAGCCUUUCUUUCUUUUUUCUUUUUUUUUUUUUUUUCUUUUCCAUUUUUAAGGGCCGGAAACAAACCUAGUUUUUUGAGGUCUCCUUUGCUAAUACUGGCCAAUUCAUUGCACUGACCCGGGACGCUAGGCAAGCAACAGAGGGCACUCUCAAUCUCUCGUACCUUUAUGCAUUUAUACAUAAGAAUCAACAAAGCAGAUUUGUAAGAGUUUAAUAUAAGAUGUUUUGUGGUUAUCUUAAAAACUGUUGUUUAGAAUUAGUAGUUUACCCUUGAUGUUGUUGUUCUUAUCGUUGUUGUUGUUAAUGUUGUUAGUAUUGUGAUGAAAUUUUAAGGCCGGCAGCAGAGCCAGUUGUGUAGUUAACUAGUAUGACUUCAGGAAUAGACUUAAGUUGUGGAGCUGCAGAUUAAGGGGUAGAGCUUAGGGUUGGAAAAUAUUUUGUAGCAUUCUGGCCAAUGGCGAGAGAAAGUAGGCCCUGGGAUGGAUGAAUUCACGCUCCGUUUGUAGUUUCUGACAGGGCUGUUUUGACGUAUCGUGUAGCACUCUGACUCGCGCUCCGGUGAAACAGAUUUUUUUUCACCGUGUGCGUGAAAUGAACUGGUAUGAGCUGUUUGGGAUCAGAUAGAUGGAGACAAUCAGGGAUUGAAAUCAGAGUGAACUUGGAUUUAAGAGUUGUUUUUAAAAGAGGUUCGCCAUAGGCAGUGAGUUGAAUUUUUAGGAGAAAAAAAAAAAGGUUUCUAUUACUGUUUGUGUGUAUUUGAACAAGUAUACCCAUCUAAAAAGUCUAUACUACUUAUGGUGUUUGUUUCAUAUUUUUAUGCAUUUUUAACACCGGAUUAAAUGAAUUGACUGUAAGCAGAAGCACUGCCCUUGGACCCCCCUGUGCUAAUACUUGGCAAGCUGUUGUCAUGUCAUCUCAGCAUCAGUGACUUUGGUGACGGUCGUACAUGUGAUGCCCCCCGGUGGUGUGAGUCAGUAAUGACGGUGACAAUGCGAGCGAGAGAGAGAGAGAGAGGGGUUAGAGAGGCCACGGGAUCGUCAGCGCACACGCCUCAACAGGAGGGACAGCUCAGUGAAAACCCUUUUGUAAUAAACCACCCGUAAAGCAGCAGGUUUGCUAUGAAUGAGUUUGGGCGCCUGCCUGUUGAUGGCGUGGGCUUUGGCACUGGACAGGGCCGGAGAGGCAGGAGACGGAGGGGGCUAGUUGGGGAUUUGGGAGGGUGUCGUCCAGGCAUUGCAUGCAAUAAGAUUUCUUCGUUCAAAAGGGGGCAGAUUUGUCUUUUCAAAAUGUGCACUAGUAUUACCGAGCCAGGUGGGCAGUGGUUGAAUAUUUUAUCUGGCAUCUCUACUGGGGGCGAUUAUGAUGCUUUAAAUUCCUCAAAAUACGUGAAAACGGCUAAACUGCAGGAUAUUCUCGCGAAGCGAUACACAGCAGGAUCAGCGAUCACUCCCUGUUUUUAACAUGGCAUUGCAAAGCAAUAUUAACCCAAAAUCUGGUUUUCAAACGUGGAAAAUCAAAGCUAUAAUUCUUCUCGUGGCUGUUGGUCUACUCUCGCUAUUGUGUCUCUGUACUUUUUUAUUUUUUAUUUUUUUUUUGCUUGUAUCAAUCAGUGGGAAUGUGCAUUCGGUGGAAUAGUUCCUUAGGCUCUGAGAACUUUUUUUUUUCCUUUUUUCUUUUUUUUUUAAAGUAACGUAGACUUUGCUCGCCUGCAUGCCAGAGUAUUGUCCUUUUAAAAAGAAGAAAAAAAAAAACUCUUUAGAAUCAUAUUUAUUAUGAGAGAAAAAAACAUAUAAAGUCUUUUUUGGGGUAAAUGUUUAUCAAUUUAGUGAGACUGUUUUUAGGCUAGCAAUAUUUCUCCAGUCUCUAAGAUGUAUUUUAAAGAUUCCUACACAAAUGUCAGUAAUUUGGGAGGUACAAGCUGUUAUGUGAGGUGAGGGGGGGCCCGGUCUUUGCGUCGUGUCCAAAUUCAAACGAGGUACUUUCUUCAAACGUGGACCCGUUAAAGGCCCACCCCCUCUCCUCCGGCCAGGCUAGCGCAGCGAGCGUUUGUUUUGUCUCCUCGUUCCUGGUUUGCGCCCAUGGCCACGCCUCUCGGGGCUCUCCUGUCUCCACGGCACCUCUGCUGACCGCCCGCAAACGCACUUCCUCUUUGUGAGGUGGUUUGGCGACACCACAUGGCGAAACCACGGAGCAGGAUUACCUCUUUUUAACCUUUAUAAAAAAAAAAAAAAGAAGAUCCGUAAUUCUUUCUGUGCCCCAAUAGAAAGAGAGCAUGAUUUAUUUUUAAAUUCCUCUCACUUUGAUAUAUUGUUAUAUCUUAACGGAUUUGUAAUUUGACAUUGUGUAUUGUGUAAUUUAAUUUUAUUAUUUUAUUUUAUUUUUUUUUGGUUCUAAUUUGGGGUUUGUUAUAGUUCUGCUCUUUGUUUUUUUUCUGCUAGUGGUCUCUGAGCUGUGUGUGAUUGUCCAAUAGCAAUAGAACCAUGGAAUUGGCUCGAUCUGAUUCUGUGAAUGGAAACAGAACCCUUUCUGACCUGUUGAGGGGGCGGGGCUCCUUCUGGCCCCGCCCACCAGGCUGCCCAAUCAUUUGCUGUUAUUGCUAUUAUGUGACAUGUUAAAUUACUUUUUUUGUUUAUUGUUUUUUUUUUGUUUUUGUUUUUUUGUUUUUUUUAGCCUGCAGGGAAUUACUUGUGUUAAUGUGCAAAGUAAUAAAUUGGUAUUUUAUGCCUAUAACA